AAGAUGGCGGCGUCCGAGCGACAAAGUUGGUCCGAGUCGAGGGAUGCUGGUGUGGUGCAGGAGGGAAAUAGGGAAGCGUCCCAGGACAUCAAGAUGGCACUUUAUAAACAUGGUCAGCUAAUUCCUUCUCUAGGAGAUGCAAAGUUCAGAAGCCCGAUAAUCUCUGAAAUUAUAGAAAAGAAGUUUGAACACUAUAGAGACGACGAGCAUCAGACUGUUCCGCUGCCACCAAAGGGAAGAGUUAUGCUCCAUUGGUUACUCCUUUGUCAAACUGGGAUGAAAGCAAUGGCCAUUCCUCUGGUCUUUCAGAUAUUAAUGGGAGUGUUUAGUGGCUUACAUCACUACCAUGUAUAUGAAAAAACACAUGCAAGACCAGUAACUGAUGAUUAACCAAAGAAUCCGUGGAGGCCAGUUCAGUGGAAUGAACUUCUUUAUAAUAUGGACUUUGCCACUGGUCUAAGAGGGAAAAGUAACUUUUGCCUGGUAUAUAUCAGACACUCAGUAAUUAUGAAUGUUAUAAAUGUUAAUCAAACACAAGUUUCUUCUUUCUAUCUUCCUUGUAUAAAGGAAUGAGUUUGGAGCCUCAGAUCUGACCUGUGCAGAUACAGUGAGUAUCUGGUAUGUGUCACACACUAUGUGUAAUAAGAAAUGAUCCCUAAAGACAGACUUCUUACAAGAGGAGUAAGAAAUAUGAACACAUAUUAUAAGAUGGCAUGAGAGAUACACACAUGCUCUGAGGGAACUGAGUUAAUUGUAACUGUUAAAUAUUGAGGCAGAUGAUGUUUUAAGGGAAAGGAACAUGAGCUAAGUGUUAAAGGAGGAAUGGGAAGGUCAUAAGAAAGGAAAAUAUAGAAGGUGAGAGCAAGCCUGAGAUGCACCCCAGUUCAGCACCACAGGGCCCAGGUAGGCAGACCACACCCAACAUGUCCCCUGCCUUGGCAGGGUAUAGCACUCCUGAGAUAACCCCAAAGGCCCCAGGUGUCACUAAGAUGAGCAAGUAAGUGGUGGAGAGAUGGAAGAGAAAGAGAAGCAGAAGGAUGCAUGCACAGUGAAGAGAAGCAGAACAGGAGACUUGACUGUAGUGAGGAACAGCCUGAUAUGAGUAGCCAGUGAUGCCAUCUAAGGCUAUGGUGAGGUCCUGGCCCAUGCUGCUACCAAGGGCCAUGUCUGGGCCCAAGGCUCAGCAGGAACAGAGGGUCUGUUGCCACCAAAGAGUAGUGGACUUCUCUGGUCCAGGAUGCUGCCUAGGGCAAUGUGGAUGUCUGAGGGCUGUGCAGGCUCCACCCCUCACCUCGGCAUCCUGGAAGAGCUGGCCUACAAGGCAUGGGAGCAGGAAUGUUGGCCCACACUUACCAGCUGCAGCACUUAGGAGAAUGGGUCCUGCAUUUAGCCCAGAAAGCAAGGUUAUGCUUGCUCAUCUACCCCAUCUCUGAACUGCUGGAAUGCAUGGAGAAGGCUGGUCCAAAGCUGCAGGAUCUCCAUAACAGGGCAACAACAGAAUAUCUGAGAGGACUCCUGAUGAGGAUCCAGUAUGGACUGUGUAGCAGAAUCCAAAGACCUCACACCAGACCAGUGACUCACUGCAAUGAACAUUUGCAAGUAAAGAAGUGUAGACAGGCUGGCAAGAUGGCUCA